AUGGGUAAGAUUCUAGAAAUCCACGACUUGGCAGAUACGGCGAGAAUGCUCGCCAUGUACAUGGUCACAGUUUUAUCAGGACUGGCCGUUCAUUCGCUCAUAUCGCUUCCUCUGCUAUUUUUCCUUACCACAAAGGAAAACCCUUAUAUGUUCAUGCGUGGAUUACUCCAGGCUUGGAUCACUGCCUUGGGAACUGCAUCCAGCUCAGCCACUCUCCCUAUCACUUACAACUGCUUGGAGGAAAAUUUAGGCGUGGAUAGGAGGGUAACACGCUUCGUUCUUCCUGUUGGAGCUACUAUUAACAUGGUAAGCAUGACUUAA